AUGGAGCCCCCCUCAGCCCCUCCCCACAAAGACUGUGUCUCCUGUCAGGGACUCCUGCUCACAGUCUUACUUUUAACCUCCUGGAACCUGCCCACCACUGCCCAACUUGCUGUGGAAUCUGUGCCGUCCACUGUUGCAGAGGGGAAGGAUGUUCUUCUACUGGUCUGCAAUAUUUCAGGGAAUAUUCAAGCCUAUCAUUGGUACAAAGGGGAACAGGUAGAAGGUAGUCUUCUCAUUGCAGUGUAUAUAACAGACACUCAAGUAAACCUCCCAGGGCCUGCAUACAGCGGUCGAGAGACAAUAUACGCCAAUGGAUCUCUACUAUUCCAGAACGUCACCCAGAGGGACACAGGAUACUACACCGUAGAAAUAAUAAGUACAAAUUAUGACACUGAUCAAGUAUCUGGACAAUUUCGUGUAUACUCACAAAAAAUUGCCUCAGUCCUUCCUGUGGGAGCUGUUGCUGGUAUCGUGACUGGGGUCCUGCUUGGGGUGGCUUUGAUGGCUGCUGUGGUGUGUUUCCUGUUCCUUACAAGGACUGGAAGAACCAGUGUCCAGAAUGAUCUCAGGGAGCAGCGACCCCCGGUGUCCACCCCUGGCCGUGCUCCCUCCAACAGCUCCACCUCCUUGGCCUCCCUACCUGGCCCCAGGACAGCUGUUCCCAUCUAUGAGGAGCUUCUAAAUCCUGAUGCAAACAUUUACUGCCAGAUUGACCACAGAGGAGAUGCGGCCUCUUAG